GCUUCCCAAAACCCACGCUCCAACAGCGAACCGCGCACGACUGCGAAAUCCGAUGCCGUCUGCCAUGUGUCGAAGCGGGAGGUACCUCACAGCGCAAAAACAACAGCGGGCGAGACCUGCGGGGUCAAGCGUGCCACGGCCUGAUAAGCCUCGGAGGAUCGAACCAACCAUUCUGCUGGCCAGUUGGCUGUUUGCUCAGUGCAAAUGCAAGUGCCACAGUAGACAGACGUGCGCGUGCGUAUGUGUGUUUGUUUAGCCCAUUCGACAGCCGACAGCCGGGGCGGAGACACACGGAGACACCAUGACGGAAGUGAUCGAGAUGCUGAUGAUCAUACUGAUCGUUACGCUCUGCUUCCUGAUGAUCCCGUUCAACACGAAGCCGAGUGCGGUGAUCGAGUCGCGGCGCAAGUUCGACGUGUUCGUGCGGCUGUACGACAAGCCUUAUCGGGGGGAUGCGCGUGAGUACGCGUACCGGUUCCAGAUCUUCCGCACGUCGCUCAGCAAGAUUCGCGCGCUGAACGAGUGGGCCCGCGAGGCGAACGAUACCGCGAUCUACGGCAUCACGCAGUACGCCGACCUGACCGAUCGGGAAUUCGUCGCCCGCCAGCUGGCCGACCUGCUGCCGGACGAGCCCGGCGGCGGUGCGGGAGGGCCGCGCGCCUACCAGAAGUACGUGAUCGAGUCGCGCAGCGCGGAGAUGAAGAACGACAUCAUAUUCUCGCGCGCUCGUCGCGAUGCGCUGCCGGCGGUGCGCAAUCUACCGCAUAGAGUUGAUUGGCGGGAGCAGGGCGUCAUCUCGACGGUGAAGAAUCAGGGCGGCUGCGGUGCCUGCUGGGCGAUCAGCGUGGUCGACACGAUAGCGGCACUGGCCGCGAUCAAGCGCAACGAUCGCAAGCUGAUCGACCUGUGCCACGAGCGGGUGGUGCGCUGCGCCGCGAACGGUAACAAUGGGUGCGACGGUGGCGACACCUGCCGCCUGCUGGAAUGGUUGGCGGAGGAAAGCUACCGGAUCGGGGCGGCCGAAUCCUGCCUGGAGCGGAACCUGGCGGACCAGGAGGGCGGGCUGAACUGUACGGGCGAGUCGGGCGUUCGGAGGGAGGACGGUGCGUUGAAUGCGACGCUGGUGAAGCGGUUCUCCUGCCAAGGCUACGAAAACGAGGAACAUCUGAUGCUGCGCCAUCUCGCCACGAAGGGACCGAUCGUGGCCGCCGUGAACGCCAUCUCGUGGAAGUACUAUCUGGGCGGUGUGAUACAGUACCAUUGCGAUUCGGACUACGAGCUGCUGAACCACGCGGUCGCCAUCGUUGGGUACGACCUGAACGCGACCGUGCCGUACUACAUCGUGAAAAACUCCUGGGGCCCCCGGUUCGGCGACCAUGGGUACGUGAAGGUGGCGAUCGGUAGGAACCUGUGCGGCAUUGCCAACCGCGUCUCCUUCAUCGAGCUGGUGUGAAGUGGUGGUUUAAAGGUGCAUUGUGAUUGUUUUCAUUUAACUUUAAUACUCAACAAAUUACAUCUUAACGUAUUGUGUUAAAAUUUACUCACCCAAUUGACAACCGUGUGGAAAUUCACUGUUAUCUUUAGCUUGUAAGUAAUACACACCGUGUACGUUCAUUUAUAGCAAGUAUCGUUUUACUGUUCGGACUGUUCCCAUACCUUCGAUGCGUGGCAACUAUUUACAAAUCGUGUUAGCAAUUGGUUUUACUGUUGCAUUCUUCUCUCUAUCUGUCUCUCUACUUUUUUUGUUUUUGCUUCCGUUCUAUAACUGUUCAUCCUUCUAAUCUCGUACCGCUAAUAAAGAAUGUGUACACACGCUCUUUGCAAUCGUU